GAGGGUCAUGCUUCUAAUGUAAAUGCUCUUCUUUUAUAGAUUGUUGGUGCAGAAAAUCCGGUUUUGAUAUCUGCGGCUGAGCAAAUCUUCAGUGCUGGUGGCAAGAGGAUGAGACCGGGUUUGGUAUUCCUUGUAUCACGAGCCACUGCGGAAUUAGCUGGCUUAAAGGAACUUACAGUAGAACAUCGGCGUUUAGGUGAGAUCAUUGAGAUGAUUCACACCGCAAGUUUGAUACACGAUGAUGUGUUAGACGAAAGUGAUAUGCGAAGAGGAAAAGAAACGGUUCACGAGCUUUUCGGAACAAGAGUAGCUGUAUUAGCUGGAGAUUUCAUGUUUGCUCAAGCAUCAUGGUACUUAGCAAAUCUCGAAAACCUCCAAGUCAUUAAGCUCAUAAGUCAGGUAAUCAAAGAUUUUGCAAGCGGUGAGAUAAAGCAAGCAUCAAGUUUAUUCGAUUGUGAUGUCGAGCUUGAUGACUACUUGCUAAAGAGUUACUACAAGACAGCUUCAUUAGUAGCUGCAAGCACCAAAGGAGCUGCAAUUUUCAGUAAAGUCGAAAGCGAGGUCGCAGAGCAAAUGUAUCAGUUCGGAAAGAAUCUCGGUUUAUCUUUUCAAGUAGUUGAUGACAUUCUGGACUUCACUCAAUCCACAGAGCAGUUAGGGAAACCUGCAGCUAAUGACUUAGCCAAAGGUAACAUAACAGCGCCAGUGAUCUUCGCACUAGAGAAUGAGCCGAGGCUAAGAGAGAUCAUUGAGUCUGAGUUUUGUGAGCCUGGAUCGCUUGAAGAAGCGAUUGAAAUAGUUAGAAAUCGCGGUGGGAUCAAGAAAGCUCAAGAAUUGGCUAAGGAGAAAGGUGAGCUUGCGUUAAAGAAUCUGAAUUGUCUUCCGAGAAGUGGUUUCAGAUCGGCUCUUGAGGAUAUGGUGAUGUUUAAUCUUGAAAGGAUUGAUUAGCUUCAAAGGGUAUUUGGCAGAGGAAACUGUAACACUCUUUACUUGUUUCAAACUUCAAACACAGAUUUUUUUUUACUGUAUGUCACAAAGGAAAAUCAUGCUUAUUAUUGCAAAAUAAAAGUAACUCAUAUAUUUAGAUACA